CUAGAGUCUGCGUUGAACAUGUGUUUUUAAACCUAAUGUUUUUCAAAGCUCAGCGCUAAAUUGCCUUUUAAAAUUUGCCGAAAUGUUUUUAUAUUAAAAUAAACUUAAUUAAUUAGAUUUUAAAAGUAGCUCAGGCUAGAUUGGUCAGCGGGCUACGUCAGCACUAUUUGAUAUAUAAUAUAUAAACAAUUGUACCUGCAUAUAUUAAGUGUUAAAAAAUGUCGAGCAAGGUAAAUUAUGAAAAUAAAAAUAAUAUACUGGAGGAUGUUAUAUAUCGACCAAUUUCCACGAAUAAACAAGAGAAAAAUGGAAGUUCGUUAUAUUUUUAUGUGACUGUAUUUAUAGUACUGCUUGUCACGUUCUCCGGCGGAGCAUCAUUCACCUGGACGUCACCAGUGCUACCAAAACUAGAAACCAAAAACCAAAACCCUUUAUCGGAGCCCAUUACAACAUCACAAGGUUCACUUAUCACAGGAAUGCUAUCACUAGGAGGGGUGUUCGGCACAUUCAUAGCAGGAUGGUUAUUGGAUCGGUUUGGAAGAAAAAUAACGUUACUUAGCAUAGCAUUACCUUUUUUCUGCACUUUUGUAGCGUUAGCAUUCGCGAGAUAUGUCGAGGUGUUUUAUGUGGUUAGGUUUAUACAGGGGUUAAGUAUAGGGGGAAUAUUUAGCUUUGUGCCGAUAUAUUUGGGGGAAAUAUCGGAUAAAAAUAACAGGGGAAUGAUUGGUUGUUUGUUUAUGGUGUCGAUUUCAUGUGGGGUGCUUUCUUCGUAUGUAAUAGGGCCUCAUUUAUCGGUGAAGACGUUUAGUUUGUUUUACUCUGUACCGUUGUUAGUUUUUUUGGUUUUAUACAAGGUUUUGCCCGAAAGCCCGCUAUAUUUAGCUACUAUUGGUGAUAAAGUAAAAGCUAAAAGAAUGCUGAUGAAGUUAAGAUCAAAAAAUAUCGAGAAAGAAUUUAUUGAAACUUGUAUUUUCUGUGAAGAGAAUACGGGUAGUUUCAAAGAUGUUUUUAAGACGAAAAGUUUGAGAAGGGCCUUCUUCAUUAUUGCUGUUAUUAUAAACCUUCAAAAUUUAUCAGGGAUCACAGUCAUAUUAGCAUAUACACAAAGCAUUUUUAAAGUAACAGAUAAGUACAUGUCACCCUCCAUAACACCUAUAAUUCUUGGGCUUAAUAAGGCUGUCUUCACAAUAAUUUCUUCAUCAGUUGUUGACAGAUUCGGAAGAAAAAUUUUACUCAUUAUUUCCAUAUCAACUUGUUGUGUAUCACAUAUUUUACUAGCCACAUUCUUCACCCUGCAAAAUCACUAUAGUUUGUCGCAUAUAUCCUGGUUACCCAUAGUAGGUCUCCUAUCUUACAUCACAGGCUAUAGCCUAGGUUUAUCCCCAAUCCCAUAUGUUCUACUGGGAGAAAUCUUCCCUACUAAUGUAAAAUUCCCAGCAUCAAGCCUAAUAAAUUGCUUUUCCUUUAUUUCUGGGUUUGUUACCGUCUUCGUUUUCCCCUUCAUGAUGAACUCCAUCGGUUUGGCCGCGCCAUUUUGGCUAUUCGCCGUUGUUUGCCUGUUAGGUUUGGUUUUCAUAUCGUUUUAUGUGUUCGAGACAAAGGGGUUGUCUUUCUUGGAAAUAUCGGAAGUUUUGAAGGAAAACUAAAAAGAAUGAAAUGCAACAAAUACCAUAAAAUGCCUUAAGAAGAAAGCAUGACACAGCAGACAUAAUUGUUAGUUGCUAAGCGGAUAAUGACAAUUAAAGUAUUUUAUUAAG